AUGGCCCUGGGCCCCGUCGAGGUCUGCUCGAAAGCGGCCACAUCCUCUGCCCGAAGGGCCGAUGCGAUGCAAGUGAAGACGAGGCUUUCGCACACGAUGCUCUCCAUCGGCUCACCGCGACGCCCGCGGGCCUCGGACCCAAGUGCUCGGGCCAACGUGCCUCGAGCCCUGCUCCGCCGUCGGCGCCCUCCUGGGCCGUGCUGGGGGGGGGUCCCGGAGGCGCCCUCUUGCACGAGCAUUAACACGAGCAGCGCCGACCUCGCCGAGGCAGGCCGCGUGCAUUCUGGGCCGCCGCCCGUGCAAAGCCCUCUCGCGCUGCUCCCGAGCAGUCGCGUCGCUGCGCCAUCGGCGGAUGCAGCGGGG